AUGUCUUUUUCACCGAUCGAUGAGGCAGUUCACGAAUUAAGACUGGGAAAGAGCUUUGAUCCCCAUCCAGAAGUUGGAUUUCAUACUAUACGAUAUGAUUUCAAGCCAGCAUCAGUAGAUACAAGCAAAGCGGCUUCUGUUGAGGUUGGCAAGGGAAAUCAAGUCACAGUGACAGUUCCACAUGUUGAGAAUUCAGGUAGUAACUGCACAGUUUUCAGAGGAAAUAAGCAGCCAGUAGUGAAGGAGUGUGUACUCAUCAUUGACCACAAUACAGGACUUUUUACGCUGGAAAAAAUUACAAGUAAAAUUACACAGCAAGCAGUGCAAAACAUCACUGGGAGGGUCACACCCAUAGAAAGAAAAGCUGCUGCAAAUUCUGUGAAAACAAAGACUGGACAAAAGACCUCUCAAGAGGAUGUCUCAGUUACCACAAAUAACAGCAAACAUACCUUAGAAGCUGAAGCUGAUGUUCUAGUGGGGGAAAUCACGGAUAGCUCUGCGGAAUCAGAUUCUGAACCAGAGACAGUGAAACAGGCUCCAGAGAAAAAUAAUUCACAUCGGCCCUCCGGUCAGAUCAAGAAAUUUGAUGUUUUGAAUGACGACCUUGCUCUCAGUGAAGACAGUGAUAGCAGUUGA